AUGUAUUAUAAAGUUGAUCAAUUAAAACAAGCAUAUUAUAACAUAUUAAAAUCAUCAUCAAGUCAUUCAUCAUGUCAGUUAGUCAUAUUUGUUUCCUGUUUAAAUAUCGAUUCCAUGUGUGCCACUAAGAUGCUAUCAAAUUUAUUUAAGAAAGAAUUAGUUCAAUUACAAAUUGUCCCAGUUUUUGGAUAUUCUGAAUUGAAAAAACUAUAUUCACAAUUAGAUAUCAAUAUAAAUAGUGUUAUAUUGGUUGGAUUCGGUGCUGUUGUUGACUUAGAAGCAUUUUUAAAUCUGGAUAAUAAUAACACGACUGAUAAUAAUAACACGCCUGAUAAUAAUAAUAAUAAUAAUAAUAAUAAUAAUAGUGAAAGAUUGAUUUAUGUAUUAGAUGCUCAUAGGCCGUGGAAUUUAGAUAAUUUAUUUGGAUCCGAUAUUAUUCAUUGUUUUGAUGAUGGUACUGUGGAAAAUAAUUUACAACAUGAAAAAGAGGCAUAUUUCAAAUUAGUUAAAUUAGAAGAAGAAAGAGAAAAUGACAGUGAAGAUGAUGGACUUUCUGACGAUGACGAAGACGAUGACGAUGACGAUGACGAUGACGAAGAACAAGACCAAACUGAUGAAGAUGAAGACGAAGAAAGCAAUAUCGACUCAAAGAAACGAAAAAAAUCAUCUUCAAAUAAUAAUAAUCCAAGGAAAAAAUUAAUUAUACAAAGAAGGAAAGAUAUCAAUACUUAUGAACGAUUCUUAGAAGAAUAUUACUCCAAUGGUUCUACAAUAGUAAAUUCCAUUUCCACACAAAUAUAUUCCUUAUUAUCAUCCAUUGGUGAAACAAAUAUACAGAACUUAUGGUUAACCAUACUGGGAGCCACGUCGUUAGAUACAGCAUAUUCUCAAGUUUAUAAUCGAUUAUUCCCAUUAUUGCAAGAUGAAGUGAAAAGAUUAUCACCGAGUAAUAAUAGUAUGAUCUCCACAAAGACACCAGACACUUUAUCAUUAGAAGUACAACCCGAUUAUUAUUUAUUCUUACUAAGACAUUCGUCAUUAUAUGAUAGUUUUUAUUAUUCCAAUUAUGUCAAUGCCAAAUUGUCACUUUGGAAUGAAAAUGGGAGGAAAAGAUUACAUAAAAUGUUUGCAAGAAUGGGGAUCCCCUUAACGACAGCUCAAGAAUCAUGGCUUUAUAUGGAUCAUUCCAUUAAAAGAGAAUUAGGAAUCAUUUUUGAUAAGAAUUUAGAUCGAUAUGGAUUACAAGAUAUUGUAAGAGACGGAUUUGUCAGAACAUUUGGUUAUAGAGGUAGUAUUAGUGCGAGUGAAUUUGUCGAAGCAUUAACAGCAUUAUUAGAGAUGGGCGGGUCCAUCCUUAAAGAUGGUAGAGUAGUAUCAUCAAGUAAUAAUGCAAAUUAUGAUGUUCCAUUAGAUGAAGAAGAUAUACAAGAUAAUGAUGGUAAUGUAUCACAAUUAUUAAAUUUGACAAGACGUCAAUGGGUUUCUAAUUUCUGGUUAAGUUGGGAUGCGUUAGAUGAUCGUAAAUUUGAAUUAUUAAAUCGUGGUAUUCAACAUGCACAAAUGUUACAAAAAUCUGUUUUCAAUACAAGUGUUAUCAUUUUGGAGAAAAAAUUGAUUAAACAUCUUCGAAUAUAUAGAUUAUGUGUAUUACAAGAUGGUCCUGAUCUAGAAUUGUAUAGGAACCCAUUGACAUUACUACGAUUAGGUAAUUGGUUAAUAGAAUGUUGUGCAGAAUCUGAAGACAAACAAUUAUUACCGAUGGUUUUGGCAAGUUUGGAUGAAUCAACAGACACUUAUCUUGUUGCUGGUCUGUCACCAAGGUACCCAAGGGGAUUGGAUACUAUUAAUACGAGAAAACCAAUUUUAAACAACUUUAGUAUGGCAUUUCAACAAAUUACAGCAGAGACAGGUGCUAAAGUUAAGAUAGAUAAUUUUGAAAGUUCAAUUAUUGAGAUUCGUAAAGAUGACCUAUCACCAUUCUUAGAAAAGUUAACAUUAAGUGGUUUAUUAUAG